ACGAUAUCUUCUCAAUCUCUCUUGUAUUCUCCUUCUCACCACCUAUUACCGAUAUGGAGCCGCCGGCAGUACAAGACUGCGGCGGAGUGAGGCGGCAGCAGCCUCAGCAACAAGCCGGAAUGGGACAGAUGUUGACCGGAGUAAUCAGGAUAGCUGUUUUCUGGUAUUUCGCCUCUAAAUUCUUCGGACCAAAACGAUCGCCCACUCAAUCGUCAACACAGAUCUCCAAUCUCUUCCACAAAGGGGAACUUUUGUUGCAAACCGAACACCCCCUAGUUGUGAAUUUCUUUUGUCAGCUAAUUGUCUUCCUCUACCUGCUUGACAAUGAAACUUCAUGGAUGAUACUUGCAAGUUCUGGCAUUGGAUGCUGCAUUGAGUUUUGGAAAAUAGGGAAAGCUAUGCAUAUUGGGGUGGACAGAACUGGUACGAUACCUAUGCUGAGAUUCCGUGACCGUGAUUCAUAUGCUACAAACAAGACAAAGGAAUAUGAUGAUCUUGCUAUGAAGUACUUGACAUAUAUCUUGCUCGUCCUUGCUAUCUGUUUCUCUAUUUACUCUCUAAAGUACGAACGCCACAAGAGCUGGUAUUCAUGGAUCCUUUCAUCCCUUACAAGCUGCGUCUACAUGUUCGGUUUUAUCAUGAUGUGCCCUCAGCUUUUUAUCAAUUAUAAGCUAAAGUCCGUUGCCCACCUACCCUGGAGGCAGAUGACGUACAAGUUUUUGAACACAAUUAUUGAUGAUCUAUUUGCUUUCGUGAUUAAGAUGCCAAUACUACAUCGACUAUCAGUCUUCCGUGAUGAUGAUACGUAUGAUGAAGGCACAUAUAUAUUUUUGAUAUAUCUUUAUCAAAGAUGGAAGUACCCGGUCGACAAGAAACGUGUGAAUGAAUUUGGCUGACGAGCCAGCCUUGGCUGCAACUACAGAUUCAACACAACAAACUGAAGAGGACAAGAAAACUAACUGACCUAGUUGUGGCUGAAAGAUAUUUGAUGCGGUAUUUUAGAGUUCUCAAACAAUGUAUAAAGAUUAUCAAGUUCAAUUAUUUAAACUCUAAUAAUACUACACUACUGCAAGAAUACAGUAUCGUAGUAGUA